AUGACUAUGAAUAUGACGUUUGGGUGGUGCGUUGUGAAAGAAGAACUCAUAUUUCCUGCUGGAGGUGCCCCUUUCAGUAGUUGCCAUGCUUCUACUAUUGUACAGGUUGACAAACAAAACUUUUUGGUAGCAUAUUUUGGUGGAUCCAGGGAAGGUGCUCCGGAUGUCAAAAUCUGGUUACAGAGAUAUAGUGAUGGUCACUGGCAUCCUCCAGUGGUGGCUGAUGAACAAGAUGGGGUGCCCAUGUGGAAUCCUGUUUUGUUUCAACUACCCUCUCGUGAGCUGCUUCUCUUCUACAAGAUUGGUCAAGAAGUUCAGAAGUGGAGCGGUGCCAUGAAAAGAUCGUUAGAUGGCGGUGUAACCUGGUCACAGAGAGAGCAGUUACCUCCUGGCAUCCUUGGUCCUAUUAAGAAUAAGCCUUUCUUGCUUGAAGACGGGCGCCUACUGUGUGGAUCAUCAGUUGAAAGUUGGAAUUCUUGGGGUGCAUGGCUUGAGGUCACAAAAGAUACCGGACGGACAUGGAGAAAGUAUGGCCCUAUAUGUAUAGAAGGUCAAUCACUUGGGGUGAUCCAGCCAGUUCCCUACCGGACUGAUAAUGGGACUAUUCGAGUGUUGCUACGAUCGUUUGAUACAAUCGGACAUGUCUGUAUGGCCGAUUCCCUUGAUGAAGGUGUGACAUGGAGUUAUGUCCAUGAGACUCAGCUUCCAAACCCAAAUUCUGGAAUUGAUGGGGUUAAGAUGAAGGAUGGAAGAGUACUGCUUGCCUACAACACCUUCUCCAGAGGAACGCUCAAAAUUGCAAUCUCCUCAAACGACGGCGAUUCAUGGGAUGAAGUAAUGACACUAGAGGAUACCAAAGGUAUGGAAUUUUCAUACCCUGCAGUGAUCCAGUCUAUGGAUGAGCUCAUACAUGUUACCUACACAUACAAUCGGACACAGGUUAAGCAUGUUGUUCUUCAACCUAAUGCAAUGGUGAAGUUGUGA